UAGAGGUCCCCGGUUCGAACCCGGGCUCAGACAAAUAACUCUUCAAUUUUCAAUUUUUGUUUUUUGUUUUUCACAACCCUUUUUUAACUCUCGUUUCAUCUCCAUUUUCCAUUUUCUCUCUCACUCCUGUGCUUCAUCGUCUCAAUCGUUCCGAUCAAAUUCAAAUUCUCCCCGAAUAUCGAAAAAAACUCGCUGGAAUAUACCUUCUUCGAUUUCGUUUCGCUUCUUGUAUUAGUAUCACUUUCCCUUUUGUUUUGGUUCAUAUUCCUAGGGUUUUCUCGCAAUCGUUCAUGGAUUGGAGCAACGUGACUGCGGAGGAUCUGGUGGAGGCCCUGCGCGAAGUGGACUGGUCUUCGCCGCCACGCCCCGUGUCGGAAUUCUUCUCUCGGUUCACCGUGCCCCGCUCGUACGCCAAAUGGAACAGCCGCCUCAAGUGCAACCUCUAUUACUACCGCACCAACUAUUUCUUGAUGAUUGUUUUCAUUCUUGGAAUGGGAUUUUUGAGGAAGCCGCUUGCUAUUGUUGCUGCUUUUACGACAGCUUUGAGUAUUGCAUUUCUGAACGAUAGUUUUGCAGGGACUUUCAGUGAAAAGGUCACAAGGACUGUCAGACAGCUUUCUCCUCAUUUGGCAGCAAAGAUGAGACCUCCUCUCACACCUGUUAUUCGAGGGCGCCCAUCUGCAAAACGAGCUAUACAUAUAUGUGGACAACCUCGAUGGGUAUUCGUCUUGGUAUUUUCUGCAAUGAGUUUCUUCCUCUGGUUUGCUUCAUGUGGUAUUCUCAUGGUCUUAUGGGCCUUUGCUAUUGGACUUUUUGCCACUCUCAUCCAUGCAAGCUUUAGAACACCCAACUUGAAAGCUCGCCUGAACACAUUCCGUGAAGAAUUCCGUGCCGUUUGGCGUAAUUAUAGUGAACUGUAGCUUCUUUGUGGCAGAACACAUGACAGGUAGUGUACUUCUCACGGUGCUGCUGAAUAAUUGUCAGGGUGGGUUAUAAUGUUGCCAGUUGGCUUGCCACUAUACCCAUAUGGAAUUUGAGGCUUUUACUGAAGAUCGUUACUUAUACAAGUUUUCUGUAUUGUCUACCUUAUGUCUGAGUACCGUGCAAUUAUUUUCUUGAAUGACUGAAUUAUUUUUCGUCACCAUAAAUAAAUGUAGCAAAACUUUUAGGUCCAUCUCAUUUUCAUUGGUAUGCUUUUCCUGGAUGUAAUCGAGUUUGCUUUGAAACCUGUCAUGAUUUAGGAUGGGGUGUAUUUGAGUAGUUCAGUUUCUCUUUCUUGGAUUAAUGUGCAUGAUUGGUGGGCUACUGGCAAACAGAGAAAUCGAUUUGUUUUGGAGAGAUAAUAGAUUUAUAUUUUUUGGCGUGGUAUAUUAAAUAGACUAAGGUAGCAGUCUUCUCAGAUCUUCCGACUACAGAGCGUCCAGAAAGUAAAAUGGUGUCAUUUGAAUUAUAAUCUAUUGGUCAUUGAUAUCCAAAUUCUCUUAUUAACUGGACCCUGCAUUUCUUCUCAAACUUUCGCCGAAUCACUAAUUUUGAACUUAUUUGAUGUUGUGGACACACCUGAUAUUUCUCAACGCUUUAUUUAUUUAUAUCAAUCUUUUGUGGAACAUGUUUUCUCGAAAAUUGAAAGUUAGCCAUCUUAUAUUACUUUGCCUGUAUGGUCUAUAUGCUUCAAGAGUGUUGUUUAUGAAUGCCCUUUUGCUUCGAGUAUUUAUGAAGUUUAUGAAGAUAAUCAAAUAACGCUGUUGUGUGACUUUCUUCCAGCCAGCUGCUGAAUAUCUAGGCAAAGGGAGGCUGCCAAGAUCUGCAGAUCAGUAAGGAUUGGGUGGAAUGAAAACUUGCCAUUCUAAUACGAUUUUCAGAUAUCUCUAGGAUUAUACUUCUUGUGAUAUGGAAAAAGAAGAAAACAACACCAGUGUUGACAAACACAUGUGAUUGCUGCUAGUGUCAAUGU